CUCUCGCGAGAUUUCCCCCCGCCGGUAAUUGGACCUCGGUGACUGCUCGGCCCGCUCUCCCAGGGGUUUCUGGUUGCACGGUGUUCUCUGCCCCGACACCCGAUAGCUGGUUGUGGGUAACGAGCCCGCUGUGCCUGUCCUUGGUGCCCAGAUCCCGUGCCAUCCCUCCCUGAGCCGCGCCCUCCUGUCAGCGCAUACACAGCAGACAUGGCCGAUCCCAAAUACGCCGACCUGCCCGGCAUCGCUAGAAAUGAGCCCGACGUGUAUGAAACGAGUGAUUUGCCGGAAGAUGACCAAGCAGAGUUUGAUGCGUUUGCACAAGAGCUGGAGGAGCUAACCAGCACCAGUGUCGAGCACAUUAUCGUCAACCCCAAUGCUGCUUACGACAAAUUUAAAGACAAGAAGAUCGGCACUAAAGGGCUCGAUUUCUCUGACCGUAUUAGCAAGGCAAAGAGGACAGGAUAUGAAUCGGGGGAAUACGAAAUUCUGGGGGAAGGAAUUGGAAUUAAAGAGACUCCGCAGCAGAAGUAUCAAAGGCUCCUGAAUGAAGUCCAGGAACUGACUCAAGAAGUGGAAAAAAUACAGAGCACAGUCAAGGAAUCUGCGGCGGAAGAGAAGCUGACGCCAGUCGCAUUGGCUAAACAGGUAGCUGCUUUGAAACAGCAGUUGGUGUCCAACCACUUAGAGAAGUUGUUAGGUCCUGAUGCGACCAUCAACUUGACGGAUCCCGAUGGAGCACUUGCAAAGCGUUUAAUGACGCAGUUGGAUGCUGCUAAAACCAAAAAGAGCCCAGAAGCUAAAAGCCCACCAAAGGGUACGGCCCCAGACGCUGGAAGCUUGGUGACCUAUGAAUUACACUGCCGACCUGAACAAAAUAAGUUUUCGCAGGCUGCAAAGAUAGCUGAACUUGAGAAGAGACUGGGUGAACUGGAAGCUGCCGUGCGCUUUGAUCAGGAUGCACAGAAUCCCCUCACUAUUGGAUUACAAGGAUCAAAUCUGAUGGACACUGUAGAAAUCUUGCAGGUGAAGGUAAACAUGCUGGAUGUUUCAUCGCUUGAUCAGGUGGAAGCCAGGCUACAGAGUGUCCUCGGAAAGAUGAAUGAAAUUGCAAAGCAGAAGUCGGCUGUUGAGGAUGCAGAUACAGAAAGCAAGGUUCACCAACUCUAUGACAUUGUUCAGAAGUGGGAUUCCAUGUCCGGGACUCUCCCCCAGGUUGUUCAGAGACUAGUGACAUUAAAGCAGCUUCAUGAGCAAGCCAUGCAGUUUGGGCAGCUACUGACCCACCUGGACACGACUCAGCAGAUGAUUUCCAACUCUCUGAAGGACAACACCACUGCUUUGGCCAUGGUCCAAAAGGCCAUGAAGGAGAACCUUGCCACAGUGGAAGAUAACUUUGCUGGUAUUGACUCAAGAAUAAAAAAGCUGGGCAAAUAAAGUCACAGAUUAUCCUUACAAGCCUCAAUGCCGCAAGGUGCAAGACAUGAGUUCCUGCAAACGCCGCACUAAGAAAUUCCUCCAAUUUCCAUUUGCCUCAUAAGGAAAGUUUUACCAUUGUGUAAAUAUAUCUAGUCUUGUCAGCCUUCAGUUUUAGCCAUUUCUCUGCUCUUUCUCCUGGUUAUGCUUAGAGUGCUUCUCCUAUACUUGGCCAUGCAAGGGACAACCCACCUGUGCUUUACCAUGGGCAAAGCCCUCAGGAAGUAUAGCAUUUUCCAAGGUGUUGCGUUUGCAUGCUGGUACUUGUGGCGCGGACUGGGAAUCUCUGGGGAGGAGAGGACUUUCUUAGGCUUUUUAUUUAUAUCUGUACGUUCUUAUGCCCUUUGGUGCAGAAUGUCCAUUAAGGUAUAUCUGAACAAAGCACCACGUUUACUAUAACAGCAUUGCUGACUGGAGGGGAUCCGUUCUACACUAAUUGUCCUCUAAUAAACAUAAUUAAAUUAUAAGAAUGACCAACCAC